AUGUUCUCGAGGUCUUCAAUUGCCCAUCAAAGCAAACAGGACGAAAUGGCAGACAAAGCCGUAAUAAUCGGUAUAUCCGGACCCUCAAGCAGUGGCAAAACAACCCUCGCACGCCUCCUGCAGCGCAUCUUCAACGGCGCAAAGACCCCACACUCACACUUGAACACCUUCAUCAUCCACGAAGACGACUUCUACUUCCCCGACGACAAAAUACCCUACACAACCACAGCCUCAGGCGAAAGAAUCCAAGACUGGGACACCGCCGCAGCAAUCGACCUCCCCUUCCUCUCUCAAGCCCUACGAUACGUACGCAAGAACGGGACUCUCCCGCCUCGCCUACGCAGCAAAGAAGACCAAAAUGAUCAAUCUGACUCCGGAAUCCCAGAAUCAACAGUUCAGGAACUAAGGGAUCUCGUCCAGAGUCGGGUUUCCGGUGAUCGCAGUAUUGCGUUCUUGGAAGGGUUUUUACUCUUUGCGCCGCCGCGGGGGGAUCAUGUUCUUCGUGAGGUUCAUGAUGCUAUUCAGCUUCAUGUUUUCUUGCCUGCGGCUUAUAGGCUUGUUAAGGAGAGGAGGGAGGGGAGGAGCGGGUAUGUGACUGUGGGGUCUGCGCCGGCGCCUGUUGAUCAGGGGGUUGAGGUUGAAGGAGGAAAGGAAGAGGUUGGGGAGAUUGAUAUGGAGGCUGAGGAUGAUAGACCGCCGCAGAAUUUCUGGGUUGAUCCUCCUGGGUAUGUGGAUGAUGUUGUUUGGCCGCGCUAUGUGCGGGAUCAUUCUUGGUUGUUGAUUGCGGAUGAGGGGGGUCGAGACACUGUCGAGGCUGAGAAUGAUGCGGAUCUGGUGAGGAGGAUUGGGGAUGGGACGAGGGUUCGGACGGAUGUCGGGGUGCAGGUUGCGCCUGGGGCUGGGAGCGCGGGGAUGGAUGUUGUCCUGAGGUGGGCGGUUGACUUGGUACUUGGGUUUUAUCUUGAGGACCGGAAAUAG